AGUGUCUAAGGCGGGUUUUGAAUUUGUGAACUCAAGGGUUUGUCCAAAAUCCAAAUUCUUAUUAUUUUUAAGGUUUUGUCAGAGUAACACAAAGGGGUAAAACCAAACAAUGGUGAAGGCGAAAGGUGAAGGUGCCAAUGAUGAUGGAGCAGGAGCAGCAGUGUAUGAGAAGCAAAGAGCAGAGAGAAUCAAAGAGAACAAAGAGAGAAUGCAGAAACUUGGGAUUGUACAACUAUCCAAGAACCUCAAGACAGCAAAUGCAAAAGCGCCUUCUUCCAAGAAACAACUCACUUCCCGCCAGACAACAUUGUCAACUGACCCACCUCGCCGCUCUUUUAGGUUGAAGGAUAAGCCUCCAGUUACUUACAAAGAACGUAAGAUUCCCAAGACGGAGAAGAUAUCAGCAGAGGAUUUGGAGAUUAAUAUAGCAGAAGGUGAAAACCACGAAUUCUACACAGAGGAACAUGAGAAGCUUUUAGGUGAUUGCCAGAAUGCUUGGGUUCUCUAUUCUGACGGUUAUGAUGAAGAUGGCCAGCGCAUAUAUGACCCUGAUAAUGGCAAGUCAUGCCAUCAGUGCAGACAGAAAACUCUUGGUCAACACACUGAGUGCAGCAAUUGCAAGCUGGUUCAAGGACAAUUCUGUGGAGAUUGUCUUUACAUGAGAUAUGGAGAGAAUGUCAUUGAAGCAAAUGCAAAUGCAAACUGGAUUUGCCCUGUCUGCCGAGGAAUAUGUAAUUGCAGUCGAUGCAGGCGUGAAAAGGGGUAUGCACCAACUGGUGCAAUUUAUAGGAAGGUAAUGCGUCUUGGUUACAAAUCUGUGGCACAUUACCUUGUCAAAACUAGACUGCGUAGUGACCAGGAAGACCUAAGCUCUGCAGGAAAGAGUAUCGUGCCAUCUGCUGAGUUUGCGGAUACUCUCUCAACUUUGAAGGGGGACCAUGAUGAUGAAUAGUGUGAUCAAGAAGAUCUCAAUGGUUGAAACAACGAUAAAAAGUGAGAACGAUCUAUGCCUGACAAAGACUGAAAAU